AUGGAUAACGAGGAAUUAAGAAUAGCACCAGGUGAGGAUGAGCAGAGGAGCAAUUGGAGAGUCAUGGAGAGCUACUUGGAUUCUUGCUUGAAGGAAAUCAAUCUGUCUAAUUUCGAAAAAGUUCUUAAAGACAUAUAUGAGGUUAAUGUGAUACUGGCUCGAGAUAUCGUGGUUCGACUUAUUAUCAAGUACCAAACUAUGAACGAUCAAGCCAACCUAUAUGCUGGGCUUGCAGCUGCACUAAACUUGAUCGUUCCCGAAAUAGGUGGCGUAUUAACGAGAGAAUCUACAGCAUAUUUCAUCGUUGCAUAUAACAAAUUAGAUGAUGUGCAAGCCUUUGCUAUGGUUUCACUACUAGCACAGCUCUUCAAUUACGAGGUUACUCAUGAAAUAGUGAUUCUACAAAUCAUACAUCUACUUUCAGAAGAUCUGAAUGAAUCUUCGGUACAUAUUAUCAUUCACUUACUCAGGCAAUGUGGGAAACACCUCUCUGAGGUGAGCAGUACAGCACAUAAUAUGAUAUUUGAAAAGCUUCGAGAAGUUCUUCAAGAGGGCAAGCUAUCGAAAACUGCAAACCACUAUCUAGAGGAAUUGUUCGACUUAAGGAGACUGGAUUACAAGGCCUCUAGCUUUAAAUCAUUGCUAAAAGACAAGGAUAUGGAGCAUACUACACACACUUUCAUGGUGGACCCAGAAGCUUCAAGACCCAAUGCAGAUUUAGGUCAUUUCGUAUACCAUAAAGACUUUAUGGAGAUAGAGAGGAAAUAUUACGAUCUGAAACAGAAGAUUGAGUUGUCUGAAGUAGAAAACGCCGAACCGGUACCGACGGUUGCGAAAGAUAUGACAGGGAAAAACGAUGUUGAGUUUAAGAAACAGUUUUACUUGAUUUUGAAGAGCUCAUUAUCAAGCGAUGAAGCGGCACAUAAGAUUCUGCGACUGCGCAUACCCGAUGCUGACAAGCAUAAGGUGGUGAAUGUCAUCGUCAAAUCGAGCAUACAAGAACCCACGUACUCCAAAUUCUAUGGUCUUUUGGCAGAAAGGCUUUGCUCUAGUCAUAAGACUUGGAAGCCCGCUUUUGAGCAGACUUUCAGAGCUAAUUACGAUGAAAUAGAGGAGCUGGAACCUGCCCAGUUAAGGACACUCGGUAGGUUCUGGGGUCAUGUCUUGGCUUCUGAUUUCAUUGGGUUUGAAGUUUUCGAAAACGUACAUAUGAGUGAAGAUGGGACUUCGGCUUCGGGAAGAAUCUUCCUCAAGUUUAUCUUUCAAGAAGUUGUUGCUGCUCUGGGCAUUAAUGAAUUGAAGGAAAGAUUCAAAGAAGAUUAUAUCCAACCCUUUUUGAUCAAUCUCUUCCCUAAGGAAGACCCUGAGAACAUCAGAUACUCCAUUAAUUAUUUCACAGCAAUAGGGUUAGGUGUUUUGACUGAAGACAUGAGAAAGCAGUUAGAUCUGAUACAAGCGAAGGAGCAGGAAACAGAGAUUGCCAAGAAGAGGGAAAACAGACCGCGGGCCAAUUCCCGUUAUCGUCCUCAUGAACGCGCAAGUCGUCGCGCCAGAUCGAUCACUCCUCCAAGAAGGCAACGUAAGAAAUCAGUGACACCUCCAAGGAGAAGAGCUCGUUCUAGAAGUCCUAUCGCGCGCCGUAGAUGA